AUGUUCUGGUCUCAGGGUGUAGCUGCCCCUUUGGUGCUGGUGUUGAACCCUCUCCUCCUAGUGUUGCUGCUGCAACAGCAGGUAACUGAGGCUGAGGUCUGGGCUGAGGAUGAGGUCUGGGCUGAGGCCGAGAUAGGGGCUGAUGCUGGGGUCGGAGCAGAGGCCGGGGUUGGGGUUGGGGUCUGGGCUGAUGCUGGAGUUGGGGCUGAGGCCAAGGUCGGGGAUGAGGCUGGGGUCAGGGGUGAGGCUGGGGUCAGGGGUAAGGCUGGGGUCAGGGGUAAGGCUGAGGUCGGGGCUGAGGCUGUGACUGAGGAUGGGGUCGGGGCUGAUUCUGGGGUCGGUGCUUGGGUCAGGGCUAAGGCUGAGGUUGGGGCUGUGACUGAGGCUGGGGUCAGGGCUAAGGCUAAGGUCAGGGCUGAGGCUGGGGUUGGGGCUGAGGCUGUGACUGAGGAUGGGGUUGGGACUGAGGUCGGGGCUGAUUCUGGGGUCGGUGCUUGGGUCAGGGCUAAGGCUGAGGUCAGGGCUGGGGUUGGGGCUGAGACUGUGACUGAGGUCGGGGUUGAGGCCGGACCUGGGGCUGAGGCCGGACCUGGGGCUGAGGCCGGACCUGGGGCUGAGGCCCGUUUCGGAGCUUGUUUGGCUGGGGUCGGGACUAGUGAGGCCGAGGAUGGGGCUGAGGUCGGGGCUAGUGAGGCUGAGGUCAGCAGCUGUCCCAAGGGAUGCCUGUGUUGCUCCGACAUCCUCAGCUGCGCCGACCAGGGUCUGAAGGCGCUGCCCUCUGAGCUGCAUGCGUACAUCACCACCCUGGACCUCAACCACAACCACUUGACUGAGUUGAAGGAGGGAAGCUUUGCUGCGCUGCCCCGUCUGGAGUCCCUCCGCCUGGCUCACAACCGGCUGAAAUGCCUCGAGCCCGGAACCUUCCGGAACAGCAGAUCGCUACGGCAACUGGACCUGUCGUCCAAUCAGCUAGACAAAGUGGAGGUGCACUACUUUCUGGAGCUGACAGGAUUGGAGGAGCUGCUGCUCUUCAACAACCGCAUCGUUCGGGUGGAGAGCAAGGCCCUUGCGGCGCUCGGCAACUUGCGCAAGGCCUACGUCAGCCACAACCACCUCACGGACUUCCCAUUCUUCUCCAUCCAGGAGGACAGCCACCCCUUCCUGGCCACCAUGGACCUGUCCUCCAACAGCAUGUCCAAACUCCCCCUGGUGGACAUCGAGACCCUGCCGGCGGCCUUGCAGAGCGGACUCUUCCUCCACAACAACACCCUGAUCUGCGAGUGCGAAAUGUACAAUAUGUUCCGGCGCUGGGAACAGAAGGGAUUCACCUCCGUCAGGGAUUUUCGUGAGGAAUACACCUGCCUGGUGUACGGGGAACGCAAGGCCUCCGUUAAGUUUUUCCAGCACAGACGCUUCUUUGAACUGAACUUAAACUGCAGUUCGGCGGUGGCUGGAGCUGUCAAGGAGCCUGAGGGCAGCCUGCUGGUGUACGAAGGAGAUGGCGUGGUUCUGGACUGUCACACCACGCUCAGAGGACAGCACCUGACCUACCUGUGGGUGUCACCUCACCAUGGAGCCGGUGCUCCGCCGGAGAACAACGGCACUCUCCGCAUGCACGCCAACGGCAGCCUGGAGAUCAUAUCAGCGCAGGCUGAGGACUCCGGCGUGUACUGGUGCAAGGUCUUCGACGCAGUCAAGAAGAACGAGUCAUGGGAGGUCAACGUGACGGUGUUGAUGCGGCACGACGAGGCCGAGCCCUUCAACACGGGGUUUACGACCCUCAUAGGGUGCGUGACGACCCUCGUCCUGGUCCUCAUGUACCUCUACCUGACCCCCUGCCGCUGCUGGUGCUGCAAGCACCCCUUGCCGCCGGGUACACCCAGCCCCGCCAACGACCAGUCCUCGAUCCUGACCUCCCCCCCACCCAGCACCACAGAGGGCCCAGGCCGCAAGAUGUGUGAAUCUACCUUUACUAUCACCGAUCAAACUCCUCGUCUGGGAGCAUGGAACAAUCUUCCAUCACCACGGUAACAUCAGAAGGCAGGGCAACCGACAGAGGCAGACUCCAGAUGAUGUCACAAAAACCACAACAACAACAACCAAUUUCCUGAAAAAAGAGAGAAGACUAAAGUCUUUAGUCUAAAGUAGGACUGAAUAGUCUUCUAUAACCAGCUUCAACAAAGACCACUGUCUCCUGUAUAGGCACAGAGCGGUUUCUCCGUACACCACAAAUAAGAGCCAACUAACUUCCUAUGCACAUCUCACUCAAUCACUGUGAAUUGUAAUGCUUUUAACAGAGCCACGAGGCCAAAUAUAUCAGUAUUGUUAGGCUAUAGCACGGUGAUGAAGAGGACAAUAUCAUUUGAAACAUUAAUAUGUAGAUAGUGAAAGUAGUCUAGAGUAACACAAUAUAGAAUGACUGACCUAUAGUAGUGCAGAAUUAUUUGUAGAUUAUUUACUGAAAAUUAUUUGUAGAUUAUUUAGUGUAGAUUGUUUGCAGAUUAUUUAGUGCAGAUUAUUUGUAGAUUAUUUAGUGCAGAUUGUAGAUUAUUUAGUGUAGAUUAU